UACCUGCAGGUGCUUUCAGAUUCUUGUCCACAGCAUGGAGCCAGCUAGGCAGGCAUCUUUUCAGACAUUUAAUGAAAAGCCUGGGCAUCUGUAGAAGCAGCUGAAAGCAGAGAGGUGGAGCCAGCAUCCUAUGACCUCCUAUGACCUCUCCACAGACCACCAGUUCUGACAUACAGCUGAGACCAGGGGAGCCUGAGGUUGAUGCUGAUGCAGAAGAAGAUGAUUCUGUCAAUGAAGUGACAAUAGAAAACAUACGGCCAAGGCCACAAGGAUCCUCUCCAGUUUAUGAGUAUUCCAUAGAAGAAGAAUAUUUUAACAAAAAGCUACAAGAAGAUACAGAGAACGAAAAAUAUUCCACAGACAAACAAAAAAUGAGUUAUUCACAGGUGAGUUUAAAAGGUUACACAGAAAGCAAAUUUCAUUAGACAGUGCAAAUAUGGCAAGAGUAAAUAGAGG